AAAGAACCAAGAAGAUGAAUGAAUCCCCUGCAUUCACGAAAGCAUUAAAUCGAAAUUUGCCCCUUGCAGUUCACACAAUGAACCACGAGGGGACGCUCGUGCGCCUUACCUCCGUCUGUGCACUGUCACUCGGUACUUUAACCCGAGCGCUUCCGCCCCUUGCCGAUGUAAUUUUACGAGAGAAGAUAUCCCGAGACCUUAACGUGAACGGAGAGAAGAGACAUUGAUUCUUAACCAAAGCGCAGUGAGACAGAUCAUUAUUCUCAAACGCACAGGAGCAGCAGCAGCAGCAGGGUCUCAAGAAGGCCGGCAGAAGGAAGAGAAGGGGGAGAAGGAUGUCACUGGGAUACUACUUUGGUCCCCUGCUCAUGUUUGCUCUGGCAAGCGGUGCUCUCUACCACCUGUCCUCCAAGCCACCCGGCUUCUCCAACACGACCGAUGCCAUAAGCUUCCCAUCAAACUUGGAGGAGCUGCAGCAGCUGGCAAAGGUGCUCAACUCUUACAAGGCCGAGCAGACAGGUUAUGUGUUGCUGCUCUUCUGCUCUGCUUAUCUGUACAAGCAGACCUUCGCCAUCCCUGGCUCCGUAUUUCUGAACGUCCUGGGAGGCGCUCUCUUUGGCUUUUGGCGAGGUCUGCCCCUCUGCUGUUUGCUCACAGCCUGUGGGGCUACCUGCUGCUACCUACUGUCCCGCGUGUUCGGUAAACAAAUCAUCAUCAGCAAAUUCCCAAGCAAAGUCGAGGCCUUGCAGAAAAAGGUGGAAGAAAACCGUGAGAGCUUGUUCUUCUUUCUGCUGUUCCUGAGGUUCUUCCCAAUGUCCCCAAACUGGUUUUUGAACAUCACAGCUCCCAUCAUUAACAUUCCCAUCAAGCAUUUCUUCUGCUCUGUGCUAAUAGGCCUGCUGCCAUACAACUUUAUCUGUGUGCAGGCGGGUUGCAUCCUUUCCGAGGUGUCUUCCCUGGAUGACGUCUUCUCCUGGGCGACCAUGCUGCAGCUGCUGGCCAUUGCACUUGCGGCGCUGAUGCCCGGAGCUCUCAUCCAGCGUUGCAGCCACAGGCGCCUCAAACCUCUCGCCGGGGGAACUGACAAUGGCCUGUCCAUCGAGACACACAAAUCCAAAUAAAAUGAGACUCUUCCUUGUCGCCCUCUCCUACUAUUGUUUCCUCCACCCUUGAAACCAAGUGAACAAACCAGCUGGUGGAACCUAAUGCCAAAAAAAGCAAAUAGGUGGUGUUGCCUCUAUGGAGGUUAAACCUAUUCUGUACUCUGAGGGUACUUGUCUCACAACUGAAUGUAAUUUAGAUUUGUUGCCCAAAUGGAUUCUGACAUUGGUGAUGAAGGUGUCUAUUUUGUAGAAUGAGAAUUAAACGAAAGAGGGAUUGUUUGGAAUACUGAGCAAGGAAUCAUUCUGCAAGGCAGCUUCUGCAAAUGCAUCGCUUGUGGCAUUUGGUCGUUGGUUAUAAUUUUGAAAUGGCACAGGUGCACAGUAGUUACUCGAACAGUGUUGUCUGGAAUGGACAGUCAAAAAUCAUUGAGAACGUGACAAUACAAACGUGUAUGUACGAUACUCUUCACGUUUAACAAUUAUUGCAUUUGUCACUGUGCUCAUGUUACUAUAGAAUAGUAUGUGAUUAAUACGUAAAAUUGUGAAUUCAAGAUAAGUUUAGGAGUUUGUACAACUUCAUGAUCACAUUCUCUCAAUGCUUGACCUGAUGCUGUAUAUUCACACACUGUGUAUGUACCUGUGCAUAUGCAAACUACAUAUGAUUUUAAGACGUAAAUAAUUUAAAGGGUUUUUUUACAUUUAUAAAUCCAACCAAUUAUGAUACUUAGAAUGUAUGACUAAUUUUGCACUCAAAUUUCAAACAAGUGUAUUAUAAGAAUUCAGGCUGUGAGGAGGGUGUAAUUAUUUAUUGCAUCAAAGAUGCAUUUAAUUGUCUCAAAUUUGGUGGUCACAAUUCACUUUCCAAAUCCACUCUUUGUUUUUUGUUCUUGUGCAUGUGGAAUCCAUACCAGAUGCAGGGUGCCAUGAAAAAAUUGUCGAGCAAAUGUUCUGAAACUCACAAUUGUAGGCUCUUGUGUACUAAUGGGCGUGAAAAUUGCAUUGCUUUCUUAAAUCUUUGUUUUUAAAUUCUUCCUGAUGUUAACUCCUCUCACUGAUGCUUGACUACUCACAUUGGCAUUGCACUACUAUUUCAGACAUUACAUUUUCAUUUUGGAAAGCAUAAUAGGGUACGUAUUUAAAUUCCAUGUGGUGGUCCCUAAGGUCUGGAAUAACCGAGUGAAAUUGUUUGGGAUCUAAACGUCCUUGUUCUACAUUAAAUCACCUUUGGAUCUCAGAUUUACUUUCAAGUGUAUGUGGUUUGAAAACGUAAGUUAUCAUAGUUUUUGUUUGUGAAGCGUUAUUCUAGCCUUGUAUUUUGUUGUCCUAGAACCAUUUUGAUUGCACGACUUUGUCAUUAGAAACUUGACCAUGUACAGUUGAAUCUUUAUUGUUCUUGGUGCUUUGCUGUGACCAGGUGUCUGGUGGAACCAGGUCUAAAUCGGCAAUGAGCAUGUAUUACUCAAUGGGGUUUACCUGCGCCAAAGUAAAACCAAAUAUAGUUGUGGUCAAAUGAAAACUAAAGUUAAAAUUCCUGUAUUCAAAUUAUUGCUUUAUCAUUUAAUACUUUGAAAACUAGAUAUGUAAUAAACAUGACAAUUGUUGAGUGUUCCCUAAGCUUUGUUUUGGUAAACACUGUCAAACACAUAGGAUUUAAAUGUUUCCAGAAUACAAUAAAACAACUACAAAUGACAUUAAUUCAAUUAUUACGGUUAUUUUACAUUAUUGACAGCAUACUAGAUGAAACAACACGAAAUAUAAUAAAAAAAAUUCCGCUUGCCAAUCCAUGAGGGCAGCAACUUCACGAUUGAAAUAAUUUAUUCCUAUUGAUUAAUCAAAUAAAUUGCAAUACAAUUUAUAUACCUCUGCAAAAGUAAUAGCCACAUGAGGCAACAAAAACAUUUGAUGUGGGUGGUAAUUUGUGAAGUUAAUUAUCAUCUUCACUCACUGCAUCACAUUUGCAUUGCUGUGAGUUUCCUGUGUUUUAGAGGCCAGAUUCCUGGCGCUGCCAUAACAUAGCUGUCAAUUAAAUUGUUUCAAUAAUCAUUGCAUAUACUGCGAAGUGAAAUGCCAGCUAAGUUAAAAUGCCAAAUAACUUUAUGCCUGAUACAUUUUAAUGGUAGGUUAUUGAAACAUGAUUGUUAUAAAUUUGACUGCACUUUAUUUAGCUGUGUAUUGUCACCCUCUUAAGAGAUCUUGCACAUUAAAACAUCUAAAAUAUA